AUGGCCAAGCUCAAGAUUCCUUUGUCGCUCAGAAGGCUAUCUUUGGUCUCGAUGAUUCAUUUGGAACAAACAGUUGAUUUAACUUUAAAUGGUAAUGUUUUUGUGACAUGCGAAGGUAGGGUAAUGGCUAGAGGUGUAGUAGAUGAUGUUGUUGAUCAACGUAAAUUAAAUGAAGAUAUUCUACCGAAUAAUGUAGUUUCUACCUUGUUUAAUGUUGUUGGUUAUGAGAUGGAGACGUUUUUACACGAAGAUUUCUACAAUUUUAUGAAUAAUAUUGGCUACGAACAUCGUGGUAGGUUCAGAUCGGUGUACAUGUUGAAGGUCGUGAAGAAAGGCGUAGAUGUAUACGGAGAAGUUAUGUUUAAAAGUAAUUUGUUGGAUGUGACUUUGGACGGACUUUGGCAAAGCAUGGUAUUUGCGUUACUUUACUACGAUGAAAGAUACGAUAAUGAACGACACGAUACAGCAUCUUUACAAGAUGCAUCCGAACUAUUGAUACCUUCAUUUUUUGGACGAAUAUUUAUUGACAAACACGAUGAACAGCCGAAGUUGGGAACGUUUAAGGUAAAUAUAGGUGAAUGUUCAGGAGAUUUUAAGUUAACUAGCGACGACAAGGUGAUUGUGUCUGGCAAGAACAUGGUAUUCACCACGAUUUUAAGUAAAAACAGAAGCGCUGAUACAAAAUCAAAAAACGAGAUGGGAAUAUUUAAAGAUGAACAAAAGGAAGCGAUGCCUAAUAACCAGCCUGUCGAAGUACCACGUUCUUUUAAUAGUAAUGAUAGCAGUUAUCAAAAUAAGCACGUUAAUGGCAAAGCAGGUAUAAUAUCUACUGCAUGUCGUCUGCCUGGGAAUGUACGUUCAAUUGAAGACUUUUGGACAUUGCUAACAUCGAAAGAAGUUGUUAGUCGUCGAAUUCCGAUAAAUCGAAUUCAGAACAGAGAUGACCUGAUACGAGGACGAAAGUACGGUCGUAUUUUAGAAGGCGGAGGGUUUCUGGAGGAAGACAUAUCUCUGUUUGAUGCCAAGUUGUUUGGAAUCUCUGAAAUCGAAGCCAGAGCGAUGGAUCCUCAACAACGGAUAUUGUUAAUGUGUGUGUACGAAGCUAUUGAGAGAGCUGGGAUGAUGAAACCUUCUAAGCAUGAACAACAAGAUUCUAUUGGCAUCUAUGUGGGAACAAUGGGCUCAGAAUACUGCACGACCGAUGACAAAAGUGCAUUGGGGAUGUUUGGAAGUUCAAUCAGUUUCUUAUCAGGCCGAAUCAACUACUUCUUGGAUUCUGUAGGACCGUCAGUUGUUGUAGAUACAGCGUGCUCAUCGUCGCUUGUAGCUUUGGACAUGGCUCUCCAGAAUCUAGGUUCAGGCCGAAUUCAGAAGGCGAUCGUGGCAGGAGUCAACUUGAUUUUGUCAGAAGAAGCGAUGGGACAAAGAGCCAACGGUAACCUUUUGUCUUUUGAUGGAAUUUGUCAUUCUUUCGAUCGGAAGGCCUCUGGCUACGGUAGAUCUGACGGUAUUGUAGUGAUAGUACUCGAGAUGGCAAAGGAAGACUGUGAAUACGAAGCACUGCUAGAAGAUACAAAUGUGAAUCAUGAUGGGCGAUCAGCUGGACUGACCGCGCCUAAUGGGAAUGCUCACUAUCAGCUGAUAAAGAAGCUUAUCACUGGGAGGAAGGUGUCGUUCUGGGAAUGUCAUGGUACUGGUACUGCAUUAGGAGACCCAAUUGAAGUGAAUGCUUUGAACAGAGUGCUUUGUGAUACUCAGAAGGAAGAUACUACUUCAGGAGAUAAAAAUAUUGUACCAAAUAAGACUUCAGAUGGCAAUCGUAUCAAAACAAAGGUUUACUUGAGUACUGCCAAGGCAUGGAUGGGACAUACUGAAGCUACAAGUGGAUUAGUCGGAAUUCUGAAGGCGAUUCUACAACUGAAACAUGACAGAAUACCAGGGUUGCCUGACUUUGAAGAAGUAAACAGCCAGAUAAAACUUGAUGAUGAUGUUGUGAUAGCCAAAGAAGAUGUCGUACUUGAAGGAACACUAUGUGGAGUCUCCUCGUUUGGUGUAGCUGGAACAAAUGCUUGUGCCAUUUUGUCAAAAAGUACUUUUAAGAGCAAGACGAGAGCAGCUGAUGGCAUUGGCUUGAUCCCGAUAUCAGCUAAGACAGAUAAAGCAUUAGAUUUGAUGCUUACAAAGAUUCUGACUUACGGUGACUUCACCACUGCUUCAGUAGCGUUUUCUUUGUAUAGGCAGUGUUUCACAGAACAUCGUGCUGUGAUUUGUGUACGAAAUGGUAAACCACAAAGAAUACCGAGAUACGACAUGAACUUUGAUGACAUAACUUGUGAAAUAGUUGACGGUGAAUCAGAAGAUCUUUAUUGUAGGCUUAAUGACUCACGAUUGAAGGGUGGCAGGAACGUCUAUUACAAGAAGAACAAUUACAAGAGUACUGUAAUUCUACUUCAAAAGCUUAACGAAUUUGGACUGAAUCUACCUAAAAUACGAAUCUGUGACAAAGUUUAUUCGACGGGAGAUUUAAAUGACAAAGAGUUACGAGCAAAUUCACACUUGCAAAAUGUGCUUUCAAAACCAAAUACACUCAAGAUUACAGUAUCAAACAAAAUAUUCAAACUAAAUAGUGUCGAUGCAUUACAGGAUUUGCUGGCUCAAGCUUACUAUAAUGUCAAUUCAGUUAAUUGGAACGCGUUUUAUCACAGUAAUUUGUCGUAUUCCGCGUUGCGAGGCAUACCAACGUAUCAAUUUGAUAGUAAAUCUUACUGGAAGUGCAAAAAGGAACAUGUUUUUGAUGAUCCUAUAGUAGGAAAUCUUACUGUAGAAGAUACUGUAACUAACACUCAGACAUACGAAGGUUACAUCUGUAAGUUGAGGCAUAGUAAGCUGUUUGGUAGGAGAAUUGAUUACGGUAUGUUAAUUUGUGUUCUGAAGAUACUGAGCGAUUAUGAGAGGUUUGAAAUAGCUACAGUAACAAGAAAUUUAUACCAUGUCAUGGACAAGGAUGUAUGGAUGAAAACAGAGAUUACUGUAGCCAAAGGCCGGUUUGAUGUAAGAUUAUCAAUUGAAAAUACAGUUAUUUUAUCAGCUUACGGUAGCGUUUCUGAGAGAAACAGUGUCGUUCUUGAAAGACACGACGAAUACAUUGGGGUCAAGUACAAUCGUGACUGCAUGGAUACUGUAAAUGACAUUGUAUUUAUUGAUGAAAACCUGAAAAUCAAGAAUGGAAUGACGUUUAUUGUGAUAAAUAGGGAACACAAUACUGUAUCAGCGUACUGUAACAACGAAUUCAAAAAUGACAAAGACGAAGUCCUCAUUAAAGUACAGUAUGACAGUGAAGUACCGAUGCCAGUUGAUGUUAUUCAUGAUAGCUUCGUAUCUCCACCAGACACACGAACGGAACUGUCUUCAUUAGUGGCUUCAGACGUCAAACAAAGGAUAGUAUCGUGUGUGGAGAGGGCUACACUGCUUGAAUUCGACGUUGAAAAGGAUUCGAACAAAAGGCUGACUGACCUUGGACUGGAUUCCUUGGCCAUGAUUGGCUUUGUAAACGAACUCAGUUUGAUGGAUAUUACUGUAACUUCGGGUGAUUUGGCCAAGUACAAUACUGUAAAUGAGUUGGUCGAGUUCAUUGUCACAAAACCUCAAGAAUCUGGAUAUUCGUCAUCUAGAAACGUCUACAGUCCGGAUCUCUUUGUUAUGGACUAUAGCAAUGAAGGUACGGUAAAUGGUACCGUAGAAGGUCAAGAAACGGAAGUUAAUACUGUAACGAGUAGUCAGAAAGAUAUUGUGAAGGAUGAUAAAACGACAGAUAAAUUAUCAACUUUAAACAAAGACGUACUGUAUGUGCUACAAGUUACCAAUACUUUUUCGAAGCCUGACUUUACACUGAGGAUAUCACUAAAAGGUAGAACACCAUUGAUGACAUACAAGUAUCUUCACACACGGUCGAAGGUAACCUUUAAAGGUCUACUUCUGAAGUUAAACAACUUGAAGCCUAACAACAUUCUGAUCUUUUUUAAUUCAGAAUCCGAAUUCUACUCAAAAACGGUAACUUCUGUAUUCAUGGAGCUUGGUAAAGUGUUGUUAUCAAUUAAAUAUACAGUAAUGAUCACUGUAGCAGAUACAGAUGGCUGGCUGGCACCAACUGGAAUGGCAUUUAUCAAAAGUUUGGCUGCCGAAAGUUCAGGAAAACUUAAAUAUACAACUGAUAAGAAGUUGGUACGGUAUGAUGGAGACGUCACAAAGGCUACUGUAACGGGAACAUGGAUUGUGACAGGAGGAUCAUCAGGGAUCGGUUGGGAAAUGUCCAAACAUCUGGCUAAUGAACAUGAUGUUGAAGAAGUUAUAAUUGUAAGCAGAAGCAAACCUGAUAUGUUGACCAUGUUUGAGGAAUCAGAAGAUACGAUAUCUGGAUGUAGUGAAGUGUUCUACAAAAAGAUACGACAUAUACCGGUCGAUUUGACUGUUUACAAGGAUGUUCAAACUCUUCGGAAGUAUUUGAAUACCAAGUCAGUAAAGACUGUCAGUGUCAUUCACUCGGCUGGUGUGUCGUCAGAUGUAUUCUUCUCUCGAAUGACUUCUGAAUUCUUCCAGAAACCGUUGAUGGCCAAGUGUGAUGGCAUUAACAACUUGGUGAAGGCACUUAAAGGUAUUCAUAUUGACAAACUGGUACUAAACUCAUCUGUCAGUUCAGUGUUUGGCAAUUCAGGACAGUCUAACUAUGCCGUGUCCAACGCGUACCUCGAUUAUAUAAGUUCAUCACCCACCACAUUAUUUUCUUCAGUGGGUAGAACAAUAUCAGUUAAUUGGGGGAACUGGACUGAAGCUGGCUUUGCUGCUAAUAGGAAGACGAUCCAGAUGUUGGAAAGCAAAGGAUUCUACGGAUUUGGCACUGAAGAAGCGCUACAGUAUCUAGACGUUAUACUGUCAAUGACUGGAAAUAGUCAAAUAAUUGUGGCCAAAAGUAACUGGAAGAAGAUGGUCGAUAAUCGACCGGAUCUCAAGGAAAUGCUCGGUGAAGUAGUGAAAGGUACAAGUGAUAACGAAGUUUUCAAACGUUUGAGUGUCAACGACAUUAAUGAUGAUGAUACAAACUCUUUAUUACAAAAGUCACUACCCACCUCAACUGUCACAAGCGAAGGAUACGAUAAUCUGGUAAAACAAGUCAUCAGAAGUACGCUGAGCACAGUGCUGAAAGUAGAAACAAGUAGAAUCAGUGAUAACGAUGGGUUUCUGGAGCUAGGUCUAGAUUCGAUUGGAAUGUAUUCAUUAGCGAGUGAACUCAACAGUAAACUGAAGUCGACCGUGACCGUUGUGAAUCUGUUUGAACAUUAUAAUAUCGCUAAGCUGUCUGUCUACAUUAUCGAGAGUACACAGAAAGAUUCAGAAGCUGUUACGGUACCUACAAAAAGUUCUACAGCGUCAAACAAACGACUAAAGGAUUCUUUCUCUUCACCGUCGCUUGAUUCUCAGCUAACAAGGCUUUUGGAAAGACAGAAUGCACCUUCUGUAGCGACGAAGCAAGUUCACAAUGAAGAAAAACAACUUCCGAAUCUGGUGUUUCUCUUCCCAGGAACGUUCCCAUUGAACCACGACCUCAACUGGGACCUUUUCAGUGAGAUAUCGUACUUGGCACGGCAGCUAAGGACGUGCUCUGAGUACUUUGAAGAUCUUUUGAAUCUGUCUAUUCAGAAGCUCAUAACUCAUCGUGAACUUCAGAAUCUGGAUCUGCCAGUACAACAGGCCAUUAUCUUCUCUGCUUCGUACUCGAUAGCCAAGUUCUGGAUGCACUGUAAUCUACAGCCAACUUAUCUUCUUGGACACAGUUUGGGCGAGCUGGUAGCUAUUGCUAUAGCUGGUUACCUGGACUUGAAACAGGCGACAAAGUUAGUUGUCCAACGAGCUAAAGGCUUACUCAAGGCCAAAGGAAAGGGCCAAAUGAUAGCAGCUCAGCGAGAGAUACUAUCAGUGAUAUCACUGGAACAGCUGGAAUUGGACAUCGCUGCUGAUAAUGCUGAUAAUCAGAUCGUGUUAGCUGGGCCGACUAAGUCAACUGAAAGAGUCAUGGCCGAGGCAGAAAGUUUGGGGUUGGUCUCUAAAGUACUGAAUGCUGAUUAUCCAUUCCAUUCCAAACUGAUAAGAGACGAAUAUCUCAAGACCAUUAACAUUCUCAGCUGGCGCAAGGUCAAGGAGAACAAGAUUACAGUAAUCAGCAAUGUCACAGCUAGGCCUUUGGCCGAAUUUAAUGCCAAAUACGUUAAAACCCACGCCAAGUCUACUGUAUUAUUCAGAGAAUCCUUGGAUUACGUUUUGAGCAAAGGAGAAACUAUAUUCCUGGAGGUUGGACUAGGCCACCUGUUAUGCUCGCUAGUCCAAAAAAGUCUAAACAGGAAGAAUCUGAACUAUCUGAUCAUCGGAAGCACGGUAAAUGGCCAGAAAACGUUAGACUUGGCCAAAGCUAAGCUGGAACUGAAGGGUUUUGAUAUUGAUAAGAAGACUUUCGAGUUAUCGACCGGUCGACCCGCUGACUUGUUUGAUGACUUGAAGGCAAAACAUCUGAGUGUUCGGAUAAAAGAGCGCUUCCAACGACGACUGAGUGAGGAGAUACAAGGAAAAGAUCGUCAGAUUAACCCGACCAAGCUUCUGCUACACAAGAGAACGGUGGAAGUGACGGAACAGGACGUCGAAGUGAUAAGAGAUCACAUUCUGUUCGAUCUCCCGACUGCUCCAGCUGCUUUUCUCAUCAAAUGCUUCAUCGAACACGCCAAAUUCAACGAGUUCAAGAUGGCUGACAUCCGGUUGUUGUCCAAACUUUACAUCGAUGACAUUGCUGAGUUGGUGACAAACCUCGAUGGACAGAGACUCCAACUCAAGAAUGAUAACAAGUUGUUUGCCAGUUGUCUAAUCGCGCCGAAGGCCUUUCUCGAGGAUCCUGAGUUUCCAUCUGACGAUCCUGGCGUGCGUCUGAAUCCGCAAGUGUUCUACAACAGUCUGAGUAAGGCCGGCUUCCACUACGGCCCUUCUUUGAGGUUAAUAUCCGAUAUCAGGCUGAUGACUGGCAACAGAAUCCGAACCAAAUGCACGGCUCCGAAGAAACCGUGGAUCUCUAUUGAUUUGGCACUACAGAGCUUGAGCUGUGGACUGUUUGAUCCUCUGUUCCCAUGUUGUUAUGUACCUGUCAGGAUCGGAGAGUUAUACGCAAGGUUACCUCUAAUCACUGAUAAGAACGAAUGGACGUUUCACGGUGAAAUCAUAAAGAAGGAUCCUCAGAUGGUCGAAGGGAAUAUCGCCGCCUUCUCCAAUGGAGUACUAUCAGUACUAAUCAGGGACGUCAAGGCCGUUCGUAUGUCACGAAACACGAUUCGUCGACCGCUACGAAGAAAUGCGUUAUCGACCGACGAUGAAUUGGGUGAGAUCCAGAUUGUUCCUCCAUUCUUUAAAAAGAACAAUGAUAAGAAGAGAGAGAUUGAGAAAAAGAAAGAGACGGAAGAGAGCACAAGACUGAAGGAGAGCGAAAAGAAACAAAGAAAGGAUUCAGAGGUCAAAAAAGAAAUGGCAAAGAAUGCAGAAAAGGCGACGAAAGAGUUCAAUUUCUUGAAAAUAUUCUCGAGUUUUGACGACGAAAGUGAUAAGAAGGCCAAUGAUAAGGUGUUUAAUCGGUCGAAAUUAAUGAAAAAACUGUCGAAUCCAGAGAGAAUACACAACAGUGUCAGUUACGGUACCUUGAAUCCGGUCAGUGAACUUAAUGGCACCACUUCUGCACCACAUUCAAAUGGGCUACCCAACAACAGUGACGCUAUAAAUUUUCGGCCACUUCCAAGUCCAAAGACUCGACUCAAAGGAGUUUAUAUUUGUGGUUACUACGGUAAAUUUACUUCACAAUCUUACACUUUCGUAUACGAAGACUUUACUGAACAAUCACUGCAUCAAGAUGUGCUAAAGUUACAGUAUGACUACAGAAGGUUUACCCCCGAAAAGUUUGGUCUGAGUGCCAGGGAAGUACAGUAUAUGGAUCCUUCUCAGAGAGUACUGUUAUUGUCAGCACACAAGAUUCUGGAGCAGCUUGAUCUACCGUCGUUUCCAGAAGACACUGGAGUCUUUGUUGCCGCCUCGUCUUCUGAUUUUGCUCAAAAAUGCUUUUCAGAAGCUGAGCCCUCUGGCUACUUAAUGGGUGGUACUAACCAAAGUGCUCUGUCUAACCGGCUGUCACAUUAUUAUCGACUGAAGGGGCCUUCUGUUACUGUAGACACAGCGUGUGCAUCGUUUUCUACAGCACUAUCUUUGGCAGUAGACAACAUACGAUUGGCACGGUGUAGUCACGCUCUUGUCGCAGCUGUGAACCUGAUACUUAACGACAAGACUACAGAAGUACUGAAGAACGCUGGAGUACUGAGUAAGCAUCAUCGUUGUGAUGUGUUCAGUCCAGAAGCGGCUGGCUACUUACGGUCUGAAGGCUUUGGCAUGAUUCUGAUUUCAAAUCAUGUCAGUAAAGCUAGGUACGAAGUGAAGGAUGUAUCAUCGUGUCAUGUAGCCGGCCAAAGUAAUGGAUUCUACGCACCGUGUAAGAAGACAGAAGUCGAAGUUAUGACUUCAGUCUGUAGCGAUGAUAAGGUUGAUUUGAUUGAAUGUCACGGUACGGGAACGGUAUUAGGUGAUACGACAGAAUUGGAGGCAGUAAAUGAAUAUAUACGGAAGAGAAAAUACGACGAUACUGUGUUAUUGACAUCCAGUAAGAGAUACCUUGGUCAUUCUGAAGGUGCUAGUGGCUUGGCUAGUCUUCUGGCUGUGGUAAGUAUGAUGGAGAAGGAAGAAGUACCCAAAAUGAUGGAAAAAGGAAGAGCGACAAACGUGUUAUUGGACAAACAUAUUGUCAUACCAAGAGAGAAUGUGCAGAAGUCUCUGAAGAAAGCUAUGAUCAACAACUUUGGUUUUACUGGCACAGUAAACUCUAUAUUAAUCGAGAAACUUCAAACCGACACCAAUGUAAAGGAAGUUUCUGCAUUGGAAGAAAGUAGAAUGUUGUUAUGGCCAUUUGAGAGUGAAGAUACUAUGGAAAUUGAAGAGAUUACAAAGAAGUACGUAAAGUCAGAUAAAGAUGUCAUUGAGAGACACGUUAUACGAUGGAAUCCGCCUUCUGAAGUUAUCAGUCACCAUAUCAUGAAGCUGGUAAAAGAGGUAAGGGGGCACAAAGAUGUAGUCAUAGUAGUACCAAAGGAGUAUUUGUUUGUGGUACUGACUCUACAGAAAACACUGGAAAAGGAAAUUACAGAUAUUCAUGUUACAGUAAGAUCAGAAGAAUCGUUGAAGCCAGAAUAUGGAUUCAGAAAAAUUGAAAAAGAUACGAUCAGACACGCGGGAGGUGAAGAUACAGUGACCAAAAAUACUUCUGUUAGGCACAAGAACGGUAUCAACAAAUGUUUCAUCGUGGGAGGGCAUGGUGGGGUCGGGAGGAUAUUACUCUCUGUUCUGAAUCCUCAUCGUACCGUGAUUGUUGGGCGAAGAAGAACAGAAGAGUACCCGGAUACAGUAACCUUCUACGAAGCUGACGUGUCUGACUACAAGUACAUCAAACUGGUAUUUGACAUAGAGAUGGAGAGAGAAGCCGUCGACUGUGUAGUCAACUGUGCUGGUGUAGUAGACAACGUCACCGUCAAUAACUGUAGCUUAAAAUUUUUUGAAACCACUUUCGAACCGAAAGUAUACGGUACUAAGAAUCUACUGAAGUUGUGUAAACAACAUAACGUUAGAAGGUUUAUAUGUCUGUCAUCAGUAGCUGCACUCUACGGAUCGUACGGUCAAGUAAAUUACAGUAUGGCUAAUGCGUUAAUGGAGGAGAUGGUAGAAGAAAGUGGGUUACAGUACCUCAUCCUGAAUUUAGGACCAGUAAAAGGAGCUGGGAUGUUGUACGAGGAUACAAAGAAGGCCAUCAGAAGGCAGAUUGAGGAUUCCGGAUGGGGAUUCUUGACGGUAGAAGAAGUUAAAGAGGCCUUCAGACAACUACGGUAUGCUACUGGGCAAUACAAGAUUAUCGGAAAGAAUUGUAAAGUAAACAAUUUAAAGGACGAAGGUUGUGAAGUUAACAAUAAUGUAAAAGAAAGAUACAGCAGAGAAGCGAUUCAGAAGACUCUGGUUGAGAUAAUGAAGGAAAUCAGUGGAUUAGGUAACAUUUCGAUGAUCAAAGGCCUAAUGACAAUGGGAUUCGACUCUUUGACAGUAGAACAGCUACGUCAAAGCAUUCAGAAGACAUUUAAUGUUACAGUAGAGCCAGUAGAGAUGUUUGAGAAUGUAUAUGUUGAUGACAUUGUGACUAUGAUUGAACUCAAGAUAACAUCAAGGCAAGGCUGUACAUCAUCAAAGGAAGAUGGUAAUGAUGAAGUCUUGAGUUUUAAACCUCAGAAGAUAACAAAGAACAGUUUACAGAACAAGGAUUAUGGCACUGAAGUAAAGAUGACAUCACUAUGUAGUACUACAGCAAGUACAUCUUCACAAACUGAAGAUACGACAACCAAGAUUGGCAUCGUAUCUUUCUCUGCUGAAAUACCAAAGUGUGAAAAUGAAUUUGAAUUCUUUGACAAACUUCUGAAGGGGGAAACUGUGUUUGAUUACGGUAAACGCAGCGACAAUAUUACCGAACACAAUAUUAAUGCUACAGAAAAACAUUACGGUACGAAGAAGAGUGAUAGUGAUGAUGAUUACAUCUACUGUUCGAGUCAUUUACCUUCUACUUUGGACUUUGACUUUUCUCAAUUUGAGAUCUCUCAGAAUGAUAUUGACAUCUUGGAUAACACUAUAAAGUACGCAGUAAAACAUUCGUAUCUUGCUAUGGAGAAGGCCGGCUACAGUGUUGAACAAAGGAAAAAGCUGAAGAUUGGUGUUAUCACUUGUAGCGAACCUAAAAUUGAUAAUGAAAAGGUUAAUAGACUUCCAAUACAUUGUAACAAUACUAACAGCAGUAGCUAUGGUAAAGAUGAAAGUAAAGUACGUCGCGGUACAAAUACAGAACGUAAAGUAGAACCGAAGAAGGGCUCUCUACUAGAGUUAUAUCUGGCCAAUCAAAAAGACUUCUUGGCCUUGUGGGUGUCCCAUCUGCUCCACCUUGAUGGUCCAUCGUUCAGUGUCUAUUCAGCUUGUUCAUCUACAUUAACAGCCAUACAUCAAGCUGUAUCUCUACUUCAAACCAAUGUAGAUAUGGUUGUUGUUACCGCAGUAAAUCUACUGGACAUUUUCGGACAUCAAAAGGACUUUGGUAACGUUCUGGCCACAGAAUGUGCUUGCCGACCGUUCUCUCGGCACGCCACUGGCACGGUAAAGGGAAGUUACUGCGGAAGUUUAGUGUUGAAGAAGGUGGAGGAUACAGAUGACAUUAUUGCCUACAUCAAUGACAUCUACAUUAACAACGAUGGAGGAGCAACGAAGAGUAACUUCAUGGCACCAAGUGUGGUGGGACAAACCGACUGUAUCUACAAUGUUUUGAAUGGUAACUGUAAAGACACGACGAUUCACAAAGUUACGGCGGUAAAAUGUGAUGGCAAGGAUAUAUCGCCAAUACGAUAUGUAGAAUGUCACGGUACUGGAACGAAGAUUGGUGAUGCUAUUGAGGUACGAGCUAUGAAACAAGCUUUUGAUAGAUAUUACGGUAGCAAUAACAAUAGUUACAGUAGUUCCCAUGAUAGACAUGACUACCGUAACCAGAAUGGCGGGGAUAGUGACUACAGAAAGACACUAAUUGGCUCAGUAAAAGCGAACAUAGGUCACACCUUUGCUGCUUCCGCGAUGGCGUCGAUUAUAAAAUGUCUUCUGAUUUUGGAAACUGGCAAGAUACCACGACAGAUCAACGUACCUUCUGCCGAUGUCAUCGAUGAAGUAAAAGAAUCUUGUUUUAAGGUACCACUUGAAACUACUACCAUAUCUACAGAAGAUGCUCGUGUUAUGAUUAACUCUUUUGGCAUUGGUGGUACUAAUGGUACUAUUUUGCUUUCAAAGCCUAAACGAAAUCAAAAUGUUACACUAGAUAGUACUGUAACCAAGGAUACUGUAGAAAACCGGCUGAUAGCAGGAAACGCCAGUACUUCAGACACAAAAGAUCCCGUAACCAAUAAAAAUAUAGUAGCCAAGGCAUUUUUCAUCCCGAUCAGCAGUGAUACUGUAGAAGGAUGUACUGAUAACGCCAAAACUGUUGCAUUGUAUCUUCAGUCUAUGAAGGAUGAUAUUGUUAACAUACGACGUGUAUCUUAUACACUUAUUAACCAUCGACAGCAUAAACAGUAUCGUGCAUGUGUUUUUGGAAGGAAUACUGUAGAAAUUAUAGAAAAGUUACAAAAGAUUACUGUAAGAGAUGUAAAGAUGGCCAGAUACGAUCACAAGAUAGCUUAUUACAUGUGUCACCAAGGCGUAGAGUAUCCAGGUAUACUACAAAACGAGGUCGUAGAUGUACCGUGGCUUCAGAAUUACUUUGAAGAUUUUGUUAUUGAUGGUACUACAACACCUCUAUCUGGUACUGAACAUGAUUCUACAGAUCCAGAAGUAUCAUCGGUUACAUUAUACUCCUUGUGUCACGGUAUCUUCAGAUUGUUGAUUGAUCAUGGUGUACCUGCUCCAGAAGUUUUGAUUGGACACAGUCUGGGAGAGUACACAGCUUUGGCUGUAGCUGGUGCUAUAGAGUACGACGAAGGAAGAGAGUUGGUGAGAGAAAGAGGGAAGCUGAUAAGACAGACUAAUAAGGCCAAGAUCGUGGCCAUAAAGACUUCUGAGAUGUACAUUGAAGGUCUGGAGUUGAGUGCCGUACUCAGCGAGCAUCUGAAGACGUUUGUAGCCAGCGACGAUACCAGGAUUCAGAAGUUGAAGGACGAUGGUUACGAAUUCACAGUCCUUCGAGGUAACUACGGGUUCCACUCAUCGUAUGUUACACCUAUUAUGAAGGCAUUCGGCAGAUUACUGAGUAAAUACAGGUUACGUUACUGUAAACUUCCGGUAAUAUCAACAUACGAUGGUAAAGUAGUAAAGGACGGAGAUAUACAGUAUCUGCUGGAUCACCUGGCUAGUCCGGUUAGAAUAGACAAAGCUUUGAAGACUUUGCACGAUAGUUUCAAAGAUGUGACGAUGGUAGUAGAAGUAGGCCCUGAAGGGAUUCUGAAGAAUAUUCUGAAUCCAGACAUCGUGCACGUGGCUACAUUACCAUCUUACAAGGCUGUAAAGCAAGGUAAUACUGACGGUGUUUGGAAAUGUUUGACAGAGUUAUGGAGCCAUGGGGUUACUGUAGACUUCAAUAAACUUUGUCGAUACGGUAGGAAUGACCGUAUCGAUGUUUGGUUACCGUAUGACUAUCGAAGAUGUGAAAUUCAAAAAAAUACGAUCAGUAAAAGGAAGGUAAACGCAAAGGAAACAGAAUUCUCGGUUUACCAAUCGGUUUAUCGAGCGGUAAGCGGUGAAAAUACGGUAGAAAAUACAGUAAUUUAUAUUGAGGAUACUGUAAGAAAAGACUUAAAAGAACAAACUGAGGAAUGUGACAGUAAUGUCAUCGUAUGUUUCAAAGCUGUGUCAAGAUCUAUUGAAAUUAUUACUGAAGUAAAGAAUAUCAUAGCUACAGUAAUCCAGUCAGAACACCGUAAUCCUCCGAAGAUUGUUGUAAUAUCGGAAAGGGACAAUAUAUAUGGCCAUCUUCUGAUAGGACUGAUCGACGAAUAUCUUGAUCAAGAUGUGUCAAUCAUCAUGUAUCACGUUACAGUACCCUCUUUUCAAGAUACGGUAGCUGUUGCGACUUUGUUGAAAACAUACCGUAUCACAAGUAAGGGAGUACCACGGUAUACCUACUACAAUAGACAGUUACAUCAACAAACCUACAUUGACUUUACUAUAACAACUAUAAAUACUGUCACUAAACCCAACUCUACAGUACUCUUUGUGGGUUACGGUAGUCUGGGUCAUGUGUUACACAAGCAUAUUAAGCUCAAGUUUGUGAAUCCAGAAGUGCUUCUGAUGAACCGAACCAAGAAGGAGCUUGUCGACUACAUCUACUGUGACCUCACUGACCAUGCCAAGAUACGAUCAGCUGUCAAAUCCCUCUUCAACAUUUACAAGUCGGUGGAUUACUGUAUCUUCUUGGCUGGCGUCAAGCCUUCUGGAGACAAAUUCAGAAGCGACUACAGUAAGGAGCAAGUCAUGAAGCCGAAGAUGGCAGUAAAGCCAUUGCUGGAAGAGUUCCACAAGUACGGUAUUACUGUAGCCAACUUGAUCUUGAUAUCUUCGUUAAGUUCUGUCACUGGUCUACCGUACACUUCUGAAUACACGAUGGCCAACAACUUCUUGGACAGUCUGGCUAACAACUGUGGUGUCACUAAAAUCAACAGAGUACUGUCACUUCAGUUACCACCAUUAAGAGACAGUAACAUGCUGAUGAACAAUGUCAAGCUGCUGGUCGAUAACUCGGUCGAUAUCGAGAAGGCUUCGGAGUGGGUGGUCACGAUGAUGAAGAGCGGCUCCAGUGGCGUCUACGCCUAUUCCAAUGCGAGUCCGAGUGAUAUCAGAAAUUAUGUUAGAAGCCGAGACAAGGAUACUGUAUUCAGCCAUGGGGUUACUGAAGAAGACAGAAAAGAGUUACUGAAGGACAUCUGGAGACAGAUUCUGAACACUGAAGUCGACGACGAUGACGACUUUUACAGAAUCGGAGGAAACUCUCUGAACGGGCUUCAAUUGGUUUGGAAGGUACAGUAUGCUUUCUACUGUAAUAUAACAUACGAUCAUCUUAACGACAAUCCAGUAUUUCUUGACUUUUACAGAGUAGUAUUGAGACACAGUACUAAUGGUACUGUAGGUAUAGUCAAGAGUGGUAGACUAAGCGGACCACUGAGUUACCCACAAGAACAGAUGUACUACUUGUACAAGAAGGACUACUGUAACUACAACAUCACCUUCUACAUUCAGUUCGAGGAUACUGUAGAUGAGCACAAGUUACAUUUAACUCUGUUCAAGUUACUUGAUGUUCAGAAACAGUUAAGAACGGUGUUUACUGAAGUAAAUGAUGACAUACGACAAGAUACGGUAUACACAGAGUUAGCCUUCAACAGAAGUUACAGUAGGACAGACCAGUCUUUGGAUACUGUAUUGAAGGACCUAGAAGGCCAUUACUUUGAUCUUACAGUAACCGCGAUGAAGUUCAUUGUAGGUGAUACGUUUGUGGUGGUAUGUAUGCAACAUAUCAUAACUGACGGGUGGAGCAUAUCUUUGUUUGCUGAUCAGUUCUCGAGGAUAUACAGAGGAGAACAUGUACGAGAUACCACGGUAGACUACAUCGACUAUUCUCUACAUCAGAGAGAACACUACAGUAAGAAGAAGGAGGCUGAGUACUGUAAUUACUUAGAGGAACUGCCUUCCGAGGGUACUGUAAUUUGGGGAUUUUCUUUGGAAAAUGAUUACGGUAACCAAAAUGGUGCUGUUAUUGAACGUGAUACUAAGGAUGGUACUAACGAUCGAUAUGAGGACGAUACAGUAUCAGACAGUAAUUCGAUUUAUAAAAAGGUACUUACAGUAACCGAAGGAACGACACGGUGUCUGAAGCAGAAGGCGUCACGGUGUGCUACGAGCCUGUUCAAGCUUAUUCUGACUAAGUUCCUGCUGACUUUGAACAGAUUCAAGUCGGAGUACAGUACCAGACUGGUGGUGGGAGUACCAAACGCAGGCCGAGACUGUAACCAGACUUCUGAAGUCAUCGGCUACUUCCUCAACAACUGGAUCGUCGCCGUCGAUGUAGCCGAGGUCGAGAAGUCGUUCGAAGCCUGUCUUCAGGAAGUCGACCGGUCGUUAAGAACAGCUGAGUAUUUCUCUGAGGUACCGUAUCACAAGGCUGUAGCCAGAAGUGGCAGACACGGGGAACAUCCUGUCUUUCAGGUAAGAAUUACUGUACCAUAGUGAGUUAAAUAAAGAUUGUAGUAAAGUCGUAGUAAUUUACAUUAUACUGUAACAUGACUUUGUUUCAGACCUUCUUCAACUACCGUCACUCUCUCGAGUUCCCAUCCAUCGACCUGGGUGAAGGUGUCAAUGUUACAGUAACCCAAGUCAACAACAACAAGACCUUUCCUUUUUCGGUUACUGUAGAUGAAGUGGACGAUACGAAAAUGGAGAUUACGGUAGAAUGGGACCCUACAGUACUCCAUCAUACUGUAAUUUCGCUGUUUUGCGACGAUUUUACAAAAGAAUUAAGCGACAAUAUUACUGUAGACACAGAGAUCGUAGAGGAGGAAGAGCCCUUUCAAGAUGUUAUAUCUAUGGUACUAGAACAAGACGGUACUAGUAGUGCUAUCAGACGACCAGAUGGUAAUGUAACCACGUAUUACGAGUUGUAUGACAAGAUACGAAGGCACAGUAGCUACAUCAAAGACAUGUUCUUGAAGCUGACAGGAAGAGGGAUUACUGUAGAAGAUGUUGUGGUACUGCAUCUCGACAAUUACAGUAUGCCUGAGUGGAUACUGCCAGUACUGUACUGCGGAGCUGCCUUUUGUCCUAUUAAUGUCAAUGAACCUACAGACAUAGUGAACAAUAAGCUUCGUAUCUUACAGAAUAAGCUUGUCAUCAGUGAUAAGCACUGUAACCUAAAAGUACCAUCAAUAUCCACAACAUACAAUGACAUUGCUUACUAUGACACACUACCAUCGUACAAGAACUUAAAGUAUAUCGACACUAAAAAUACAGUAUCUCAGCCAUGUAUAUUACCGUACCAUCUCGCCUACGUUCUCUUUACGUCUGGUACAACUGGUACCCCUAAAGCGGUACAAGUAGAGCACUCUCAGCUCAGUCUGUACCUACAAAAAGCCAAAAAAGACUUUAACCUCAACGAAAAUACAGUAAUCGGGUCUACAGUAUCUUUCACAUUUGAUGUCAGUAUGUUCAAUCUAUUUGGUACUCUUUGCUUUGGUGGUACUUUGGUACAGAAGACUACUAUAACUGAGUUUGUAGAUACCACAGAUCGCUUCAGUCAUCUGUUUAUGACGUCAGCCAUGUUCAACUCUCUAAGCGAUACCAAGAUACGAAGUAUACCAACCGACUGGUUGAUAGUGGGAGGAGAAACACCAUUGACGAGAAAGAUCACGGUAUUCAGAGAGAGUGGCAGACGCAUCUCACAGAUUUAUGGACCUACAGAAGCUACAGUAUGGACGGUAGUGAAUCACUACGAGGAUACUGUAGAAGAUGGGCGUAUUAUAGGUGAGUAAGACAUAAUAUACUAAUAUAACAUAGUAAAGAAUAUACGAUAGGUAAAUACACUAUAUAACUUCAUAAAUUAAAUAUACUUAUAGGUACAUCAACAACACCAUUCGUCGUCGCCACUCCUUUCUCAUCGUCACCAAGGAUUCUGAAUCUUGGAUCGAUAGGAGAAUUGUGGAUUUUGGGAGGUCAAGUAGCUCGAGGCUACACGGAUUCAACUCCAGAAUUCCAAGAAGAUGUCUUUGGCACGAAGUGUCGAGGAUUCAGGAGCGGCGACAUCGUGUAUCAGAUGCCAGACCGGCGUCUGAUGUACCUGGGAAGGACUGACACCGUGAAGAAGAUCAGAGGAAUCAGAAUCGACCUUCUGGAGAUCAGAAACACUGUAGCCAAGGUAUUCGAGCACAACUUCUGGUUAGACGUAGUAGAUGAUGUUGUUGUACUUGUCACGGAGAAGGGCGACGACUGGUCGAACUAUCGGCAAAAACUUUCUUUACACUUGGCCGAACAUCAGAUUCCGACAAAAGCGGUUACAGUAGACAAGAUACCGUUGAACAAUAAUGGUAAAGUGGACGCCCAUCGUGUUAGAGACAAGAUUCGAAACGAUGUAACUACAGUAACCUCUAACAAUUUGACAUCUGGAGUUAAGAGCCGGCUGUCACUAAUUUGGCAAAGACUCCUCAACUACAAUAACUACAUUGAUGCCAAUGACAACUUCUUUGCUCUAGGCGGUCAUUCCUUGUCGCUGAUACGACUACAAUCACAUAUACAAGACGAGUUCAAUGUCAACAUACCACUAUCUUCCCUAUCACAACAUGCCAUCUUUAGGAGAAUGGUAGAAAUAAUCGACCGAAAAACUAAAAACAUAAUUACAGUAAUCCGAGAAGCUGAUAAUGCCACAAAAGCAGUAUACUGUAUUCAUGCUAUUGGGGGUACUGUAUUUCCGUAUUACUCCAUGGUAAAUUGGUGGCCAAAGGAAUGUAAUAUCUAUGCGAUUGGGUACGAUGAGAACGACGAGGGCACGUUGACAGAGCUAGCUGGGUAUUACCACACUCAGGUGAGAACAUACGAAGAAUAAUAUUAAUCUGAAUACCAUGUUAUUCAAGAGUAAUAUACGUGUUUUAAAACAUUAUACUAUUUAAAACACUUCUCAAUUUCAAAUAUUUAGAUUUCGCGGCAUGCUACAAUAACCGGGUUACCGUAUGUCUUAUUUGGACAUUCUCUUGGUGGAAUCUUGGCCUACGAAGCUAAUAUCUUGCAUUACAAUGAACACAGGUCAGCCCUCAAUGUCAUACUGGUCGACUCGUGGGUGUUGGAGAACGACAAACUCAACGAAACAGCUAUACGAUCGUAUCUUCAGGUAUCCUACUGUACUUUUGUGACAUUUUUGAUUAAAUGUAUAAGAUGUAGAUAAUUAUAUUAUUGUGUUGAACCCUAUAUUACCGUAAUUUAGGCUCAAUUUGAACCUUUCGACAACCGUGACACUUUACUAAGUAAAUCUAUGAAACUAUGCACGAUGCUAAAGCAACAUACAGUAACCAAAAGUCCCCAUCCUAUCAUGUUAUUCAAAGCCAGACAUCUCGGAAACAGCCAGGUCAACGCUGCUGUACGGUAAGUCAAAGUUACAGUACUAGCCAUUGACAACAAAAGAUACCUAAAGUUACGCUACAAAACUCUUAGUUACUAUGCUUUGCACAAGAAAAAUGUACUAUUAUCUAGAGUAUACUGUAACGUUAUAUACUAUAGUCAUAUCUAAGGUGUACUGUAACUUUAGGCGCGACUUAACCCAAGAUAUGCUACGAUCAGUUAUUGACAAUGGGUGGGGUUACUAUUGUGAUGAUGUUACAGUAAUCCCCACGAAUGGAGACCACGACUCUAUCCUACAGUAUUUGAGCGAGCAAAAUACAGUAAUCCAAGAGAUACUCGACCAUAUUUAA